UCUGUUUCGACACGAGACCAAGUUGUGUUGCACCGGGUGUAACCAACCAGCUAACCGUUAGGCUAGUUAGAUGUAGCUAGCAACCUUUAGAUUGUUGACGGCGUACGCAGCUUUAGAAUGAACACUAUACACACGAUUAUCGAGGGAUACUAAUGAAACUCGUUUGUGUAGCUUUGUUUUCUGAUCACACUACUACGGUCGUCGACUUCGCCGGUCUCUUGGUUUUCAUCAUUAACUUUAGCUGUUUCGUGUAGCUCAGAUCGCUAGUUAGCCUCUUCAGCUAGCUAGGUACAGUAGCGUAUGGGUGUCAAAGUUAGCCGUGACUUCACCGGGUGUCUGGUUGCCUGAUCUCACAUUUCGGACACGUCAAGGUUCCUCAAAUCUGUCUCUUGGUUUUGGGGGCAGUUAUGUCGGAGUCCAAGACCCCCACUCCCACUCCUGCUGGUGACACAUACAAAGGAUGGGUGUUCAAGUGGACAAAUUACAUCAAGGGUUAUCAGCGGAGAUGGUUUGUCCUGAGCAAUGGGCUGUUGUCAUACUACAGGACCCAGGCAGAGAUGGGCCACACGUGUCGAGGCACAAUCAACUUGGCCACAGCAACUAUCACGGUGGAUGACGCCUGCAACUUUGUUAUCUCCAAUGGGGGGGCACAGACCUACCACCUGAAGGCCAGCUGUGAGGUGGAGCGCCAACGCUGGAUCACUGCCCUUGAGUUGGCCAAAGCCAAGGCAGCUCGCAUGCAGGCUGAGUCAGAUGACUCAGGGGAUGACUUUUCGCCAUCAUCCCCACCAGUGGCACCUGGACAAGGUGGUGGGUCACAAAAUUCAGAAGUCCAGUCUGCUCUCAGAACACUAGGCAGCAAAGUGGAGGAUCUCAGCACUUGCAAUGACUUAAUCUCAAAGCAUGGUUCAGCCCUCCAGAGGUCUUUAUCAGAACUGGACAGUUUACGUCUAACUGGAGAGGCGGGGGACAAGAUUCGUCAGGUGACAGAGAGGGCCACGCUGUUCCGCAUCACCUCUAAUGCCAUGAUUAACGCGUGCAGAGACUUCCUUGCGCUGGCUCAGGCCCACAGCAAGCGAUGGCAGAAGGCCCUUCAAGCAGAACGGGACCAGCGAGUGAGGCUGGAGGAGACUUUAGAACAACUUGCCAAGCAGCACAACCACCUGGAGCGAGCAUUCAGAGGGGCUGCACAGGCUAAUGCUACUGCAGACAACAAAAGUGCUGCUGGACCCGGAAAAGGUGAGGCCAGUGAUGAGGACGACGACAAUGAGUUCUUUGAUGCCAUGGAGGAGGCGCCGGAGUUUAUCACUGUACCUGCAGACCCACAGUUUCACAAAAGGUCAAGCAGUAACAUCAGCGGUUUCAACAGCGAAAUGUGUUCUGAUGAUCAGUCGCUUAAUGAGGAGCCUCUAGCGAUGAACCAGGAAUCUCCCUCUCAGGAGUUGGUGCCAUUGAAGAAGAGGCGAACACGCAUUCCGGACAAACCCAACUAUUCUCUCAAUCUGUGGAGUAUCAUGAAGAACUGCAUUGGCAAAGAGCUGUCCAAGAUCCCGAUGCCUGUGAACUUCAACGAGCCCAUUUCCAUGCUGCAACGAUUGUCUGAGGACCUCGAGUACCACGAGCUGCUGGAUAAGGCCUCCAAGUGCCAGAGUUCGCUGGAGCAAAUGUGCUACGUGGCCGCCUUCUCCGUGUCCUCCUACUCUACCACCGUCCACCGCACAGGCAAGCCCUUCAACCCCCUGCUGGGAGAGACGUACGAGCUGGACCGCCGGAGAGAGAGCGGCUACCGCUCCCUCUGUGAGCAGGUGAGUCACCACCCCCCUGCAGCAGCGCAUCAUGCGAUCUCUGAUCGUGGCUGGACUCUGAGGCAGGAAAUCACUGUUGCCAGCAAAUUCAGAGGCAAAUACCUCUCCAUUAUGCCUUUAGGCACAAUUCAUGCCAUCUUUGAAAAGGGCAACAAUCAUUACACAUGGAAGAAAGUUACCACCACAGUGCACAACAUCAUUGUGGGAAAAUUAUGGAUCGAUCAGUCAGGAGAGAUAGAUGUAGUGAACCACACCACCGGAGACCGCUGCCACUUGAAGUUUGCUCCUUACAGCUACUUCUCCAGAGAUGUGGCCAGGAAGGUGACAGGGGUGGUGAUGGACAAGGAUGGAAAGGCCCACUAUGUGCUGUCAGGCACGUGGGAUGAGAAGAUGGAAUUUUCCCGGGUGAUGCAGAGCAGCCGAGGAGGGGAGAACGGCGCUGAGGGCAAACAGAAGACUGUCUAUCAAACCCUCAAAGCCAGAGAGGUGUGGAGGAGGAACCCAUUGCCUGAGGGAGCAGAGACCAUGUACUACUUCACUGCCUUGGCACUCACCCUAAACGAGCCUGAGGAGGGUAUUGCGCCCACCGACAGCCGGCUCCGGCCUGACCAGCGCCUUAUGGAGGAUGGCCGCUGGGACGAGGCCAAUGCUGAGAAGCAACGGCUGGAGGAGAAGCAACGCAGCGUCCGUCGGGAGAGAGAGAGGGAAGCUGCCAGCCAACGCACCUCCAGCCAGUCAGAAGAAGCUGUCGAUGAGGACUCUCUUACUGAUCCCUCACUAAAAAGUGCACCUCAUGAGAACUACCAGGCACGCUGGUUUGAGCACUGUGAGGACCGGAUCACAGGUGAGCUAGUCCAUAUUUAUAAGGGAGGCUACUGGGAAGCCAAGGAUCGUGGCAUCUGGGAGGGCUGUCCAGAGAUAUUUUGACCUCUGCAUUGACUGCAAAGUGCCCUGAAGAGACUGAUCCAUCAAAGCCGCCUGGUGGACAGCUACUCAAAGAAAGGCUUGUCCCCCACUACCACUUGGACGGCUGCCUUCCUCCAGUGACUCUCUGUUCUAAGAGAUCUCCAAGACCGUCUCUGCUGUCUGAACCAGAGGGGGAGUGGGGGUUUUCCCUCUGGCCUCCCUUACCUCAUUUUGGUUCCUGUCUCCUUGAGUUUCCUUGUUGCUGUCACACAUCAUAGAGGAAUGGAAUAAAAAUAUUUGUGCUGCAGGUCAGGCCAAGCACAACAAGGAGAAAAUGAAAUAGGCAGUGCUUCCAAAUCUACAGUAGAUCAUUCUUUUAGUCUCUCUGCUCAAGUCUGUUCAGUCUCUCAGACCAAGAGUGGAAGAGGAUUUGUGCUGAUAACACCCUGUGAGAUAAUGUCGUGUACCUAUUGUCACCCACAGCAUUGUGAGCUUUGGUAAUAACUCUAAAAAAAAGGGGUAAGACCUGGUUAAUAUAUACAUUUACAUAUAUAUAUAUAAAUAUGAUUAAAAUAAUUUCAUUAAAAUGUUGCUUGGUGGCCUUCAAGACGUUAGCGAGGAUUUCUUGUUUCUCUCUCUGAUUUAGUGUCUUAAUGUAAUUACGUGAAGGUUCUGGUGUGCUUGUGUGUGUGUGACUGCAUAUCUGCUCUUCCAUCAUUUUACGACACUGCCACUGCAGUUAAAAAAGGAAAAAAAAGAAAGAAAAAAAGAUUGUCCAAAAUACUGGUUGAACCUCCACACUGUCAUGUCUUAGAGUUAGAAGAGAUUUUUUUCCCCCUCUACAAAAGCCUGAUUGAAAUUGCAAUGGUGGAAAUUUUGAUGUGGCUACAUGGCCUGGACACACUUUUUCGUCGCCUUAAAAAUGAGCACCCUGCUCAUUUCUCACUUAUAUUUACAUCACACCUGAGUAUAUAUGAUGCUGACACUUAGAGUGGCUGGCUUCUUGUACAAACUUGAAAACUUUGAAGAAAUAUCUGGAUGAAGACUACAGAGCUGCAAAAUGGCAAAAUGCUUGUUCCAGUGCUGAGAAAACCUCACAUUAGUGCAGUUUUAUUCAAUAACAAAUAAUGAGUUGCCCCCAUUUCACAGGAUUGGAAUAAUGUGUAGCCAUUUUGUGGAUAAAGUGAAUGGUAACUAAGUUACUUUGCAGCAAAAAUUAUUUUAAAAAGUAUGGGAUUCUUUGUGACAAAUGAGUAAAGAAAACACAUGUAAAUGCAGUGAUGAUAAUAAAUGCCACAUCUUUGUAUCUGCUGAAGAGUUCAUACAUAUGCAAGAAAAUUUUGAAACCAAAAACAUGGGAUGUAAUAUGUGUGUGUGUGUGUGUGAAUUUCAUAAUUUUGUUUGUAAGUGUACUUAAAAAUGAAGAAUAAAUAAAGAAGCAUUGCAAAUAAGUAUGAUUUUAUAAAUGUAUAGAAAUUCAUAUUAUAGUACAGAAAACUGUAAGGUAGUUUUUUUUUUUCUUGUAUUUUUGGUUCCUCAUAUUAUUGGAAGAGGACUGUCUUGAUUUUCAGAAAAUGAGGGAGUUUCCACACUUCAAUGAGGAGACAUCAUGUUGUUCAGUAUUUUGUAUUAACAAGAAAAAGAAUCUGUAAUAAACAAAUGCUGUGAUGUCACACAAAUAGCCUUUCAUCCUGUCCUUCAGUCUACCAAUAACUAUUAAUUAGGUAACACAAUUAAAGAAUUGCCAAAUCA